UCCAGGUUGCUAUAUAUGUGCGCAGGGAGCCCGCGUCCUUUCCCUGGUCUGAUUCCGUCCUGCGUGACUGUUCUUUCGAACGGUAGUCUUUUAUCUCCGUCCACUUUCUCUCCCACCGAAGUGCGUGCCACCAACCCAUGGAAGAUUCGAUGGACAUGGACAUGAGCUCCCUGAGGCCCCAGAACUAUCUUUUCGGUUGUGAACUAAAGGCCGACAAAGAUUAUCACUUUAAGGUGGAUAAUGAUGAAAAUGAGCACCAGUUAUCUUUAAGAACGGUCAGUUUAGGGGCUGGCGCAAAGGAUGAAUUGCACAUUGUCGAAGCAGAGGCCAUGAAUUAUGAAGGCAGUCCAAUCAAAGUAACACUGGCAACUUUGAAAAUGUCUGUGCAGCCAACGGUUUCCCUUGGGGGCUUUGAAAUAACACCACCUGUGGUCUUACGGUUGAAGUGUGGUUCAGGGCCUGUGCAUAUUAGUGGACAGCACUUAGUAGCUGUGGAGGAAGAUGCAGAGUCAGAAGAUGAAGAGGAGGAGGACGUGAAACUCCUAAGUAUAUCUGGAAAGCGUUCUGCCCCUGGAAGUGGUAGCAAGGUUCCACAGAAAAAAGUAAAACUUGCUGCUGAUGGAGAUGAAGAUGAUGAUGAUGACGAUGACGAUGAUGAUGAAGAUGAUGAUGAUGAUGACUUUGAUGAUGAGGAAGCUGAAGAAAAAGCUCCAGUAAAGAAAUCUGUACGAGAUACUCCAGCCAAAAAUGCACAAAAAUCAAACCAGAAUGGAAAAGACUCAAAACCAUCAACACCAAGAUCAAAAGGUCAAGAAUCCUUCAAAAAACUGGAAAAAACUCCUAAAACACCAAAAGGACCUAGCUCUGUAGAAGACAUUAAAGCAAAAAUGCAAGCAAGUAUAGAAAAAGCGCAUUGAACAAUCCUGGGCACUACUGGUAAAUUAAACCCAAAGAUGGGGAGAGAGGAAAAGGAGAGACAAAUGUAGUCCAAACUGAGUAUCAUCAACAAUCCAGACUGAAGUCUUCUAUUUUAACUCAAUCCCCUUUCCUGAUUUGCCACCCACCCAUGCCCCCCUUCCAGGCUGGAAGCAAUCUCUUGAUCUCCUAAAACACUUUCUUUUGACUGCUGUGAUUCAGUGAACCUUAUACUUUGCUUUCUAUUACUUGUGCAUUUGCCUCACCUCUCUGACCAUAUUUUAAUCACCUUUGUAUCUCCCUAGCUGCUCAAUAAAUAAUUUGAAUCAAAUAAGAAUGUAUGUGACAAUAAUUUAAAAGUGUAAUUAUAGUGAGGUUUAUUUUCUAGGUGAUGAGGCAGUUAAGUAUCUUACACCAUACCUGAAGCCUUCUUGAUCUUUUUAAAAUGCACAGAAGAUUCAGGUUACAGGGAAAAUCAAAAUUUAGUUAUCACAAUAGGAAACAAAAGUGAAAAAAUGAGUGCGUUAAGAUAAUUCCAGAGCAGAGAUAAAUAUAAACAUUUCAAGAUUUUUGAAAAUAUUUGUGACAUAUACUUUGAAAAUAAUUUGGUGUUACUACUAUUGUGCUUUCUUCCCUGUGCCCAUAAUUGAAAGGAAUGGCGAAUUUUAGAGUUUAGUGAAAUGUAAUAAAGUCUUCCCCCCAUUUGACUUCAUAUACCCCCUGAAUUGACUCCCAGGUUAGCACUGUGCUGGACCUGGGUUUUUGGUACAUAUUAAGUGAUCUUUUUAACAAUUUUCGUCACUUGUACACGAUACCCAAAGGGGCUAUACUUUUUUUUUUGUAUUUGGUCCUGGGUGGUAGAGGGUGGUGAUAAAGCCGACUUGUUAGAUAAAUACAGUAGGCAGUCAAGUUGAUGGUUGAGUGCCUGAAGAAUCACAAGCAUAUCUUAUACUUUGUGUUUAUAGAGUGGCUGGGUGGGGGCAGGAAAUUUGAAACUUGGACAAACCUUACUCAGUAUGAGAGUACUUGUGGAAGACCCCGAGGUCCUAAUAUGUUGUACAAACAUGUCUUUCUAGGCCUAAAAAAGGAUUUAUUCAGUAUUAAACUGAAGGAGUUGAAGAGACAAGGAAUGAAUCACAAUGAUCCAUAUAAUAAACACUCAAAUCUGAGGAAUUUCAUAACAAUCUCCCUCAAAAAUAGUGUUUCUAUACUUACUCUUAAUAAUGCUUUUGUCUCAAUAGGGUGGUUCCCUUCCCAAAGUGGAAGCCAAAUUCAUCAAUUAUGUGAAGAAUUGUUUCCGGAUGACUGACCAGGAGGCUAUUCAAGAUCUCUGGCAGUGGAGGAAGUCUCUUUAAGAAAAUAGUUUAAACAGUUUGUUAAAAUUUUCCGUCUUAUUUCAUUUCUGUAACAGUUGAUAUCUGGCUGUCCUUUUUAUAAUGCAGAGUGAGAACUUUCCCUACCGUGUCUGUUAAAUGUUGUCCAGGUUCCAUUGCCAAGAAUGUGUUGUCCAAAAUGCCUGUUUAGUUUUUAAAGAUGGAACUCCACCCUUUGCUUGGUUUUAAGUAUGUAUGGAAUGUUAUGAUAGGACAUAGUAGUAGUGGUGGUCAGACAAAUGGAAAUGGUGGGGAGACAAAAAUAUACAUGUGAAAUAAACUCAGUAUUUUAA